AUGUCUAAGAUUCCGUUGGAUCAAGAACCGGAAGACUUCGCCACAUCAGAAAUCGGAAGUGUACUACCGAAACUAGCUGCAUCGGAGAAGUCAUCCAGUUCCAGUUCAAGUGCACACGGAGUAGCCGCAGCUGCAAAAGCACUGCCCGCCGCAGCUGAGGUUCAGGCUGCAAGAAGUCUAGGUUCCGAAAAAUCUCGGUCAGCUGUAGCACACGAGACCUCCAGCCGCCCGUCAGCCGAGGUGGGGGUCGAUGCUGAAGCCACCGUGCAACCUUCUGUUCCAAAACAGACAGCAGCCGUGGCGGAUAAAUGGGAGGAAGCCGGAAGCCGCAUGCUCGUUUAUCCGAGAGACGUGAUCGUCUUCGACGAUCCUUUAACUGAUAUCAGCGAGGUGGAAGUGAUUUUGACAAACAGAUCUUCAUACAGGGUCAGCUUCAAGGUGAAAACCACGCGACCUGAUCACCUGAAAAUCCGUCCCGGUUACGGUUUCGUGCGUUCGAACGAAAUGGCGCGCUUUCGAAUCAAGUGUCUGCCGUUUACAACCGGCGGCGUUCCGUCCGGCGAUCGGUGCACGAUCAUAUGCGCAGUGGUGCCUCGGAAACUGCGUGGUGUUCAUCGGGCCUUCGAUUUGUGGCGUGGAGACAACCCUCCGGCAGACAACACCCAGUACCGCUAUUCACUGGACAUCGUGUAUACGGGCAGCCGGAAAUUACCCUCCACUGAGCAAGAACUCUCGGUAACGGAUGAAGUAAAUGAACCAGAGAACGAAGGUUGGGAAGAAGAGCAUGACACAAGGGAAGUUGAGGAAGCUGAAGAAAUUGAAGAAGUGCAGGAAGUGGAAGAGAGGGGAGAAACCGAGGCUGAUGCAUCGUCAGAGUGA